GGUGCGUCAGUGCGUCAGUUGUGUGCUGUGUGGCUCGUGCUGAAGCCGCUUCGUCUGUCUUCGCUGCGGCGGGGAAAUAAGAUGCGAAGUAGCAGCGGAACCGGAGCCCGCCGUGACCCGGAUCAGCCCAGAACCAGAACCAGAGCCAGGCUACCUGAACCCUCCCCCGGCACGGCACGGGUCGGCUUGCAGACAGCAUGACAGCAACGGUAGCGGAGGAGCGCGCGACAGAGAAAGGCUCAAACCGCCGCUAAGAGAGGCAGUUAGCCGGGAAAGCUAACCGCUGAGAAAGGCAGUUAGCCAGGUAAACUAACCGCUGAGAGGGGCAGUUAGCCGCUGAGAAAGGCAGUUAGCCGGGGCAGCUAGCCGCUGAGAGGGGCAGUUAGCCGGGGCAGCUAACAACGCGCACGAUGACCGCGGAGGGAAGCGGCACGAUCCGCAGCCGCAUCAAGAACCUGCUGCGCUCCCCGUCAAUCAAACUGAGGCGGCGGAGCGGUGCGACGCGGCAUAAAGAGGACCUCAGCGAAAAGGUGAUCUUGGAGAAGGUUCUGGGUAUCACCGCUCCGGGGAACCGAGCGCUGGCCUGCGACCCCCGAACUGGACUGUUGGCUUAUCCUGCCGGGUGUGUGGUCGUCCUGUUGAAUCCCCGGAAGAACAAACAGCAUCACAUCUUCAACAGCUCCAGGAAGGCGAUCACCACGCUGGCGUUUUCUCCAGACGGGAAAUAUGUGGUCACAGGAGAGAGCGGUCACAUGCCGGCGGUGCGGGUCUGGGACGUGUCGGAGCGUCUGCAGGUCGCUGAGCUGCAGGAGCAUAAAUAUGGCGUGGCCUGCGUGGCGUUCUCUCCCAACGGGAAAUACAUCGUCAGCGUAGGCUACCAGCACGACAUGAUGGUCAACGUCUGGAACUGGAAGAAAAACGUGGUGGUAGCAGCCAACAAGGUGUCCAGUAAGGUGACGGCCGUCUCCUUCUCAGACGACAGCUCCUACUUUGUUACCGCGGGCAACCGCCACGUCAAGUUCUGGUACCUGGACCACGGCAAGACAUCCAAGGUGAACGCCACCGUGCCGCUGCUGGGGCGUUCAGGGCUGCUGGGAGAACUCAGGAACAACUUCUUCAGCGACGUGGCGUGCGGGCGCGGGCGCCAGGCCGCCUCCACCUUCUGCAUCACUUCCUCCGGGCUGCUGUGUGAGUUCAACGACCGCAGACUCCUCGACAAGUGGGUCGAACUGCGGAGAGUCGACUCUGCGUCCACGUCUCAGGCCACCUGUCUGUCCGUCACAGAUGAGUUGAUCUUCUGUGGUUGUUCUGACGGGACGGUUCGAGCGUUCAGCCCCGUCAACCUGCACUUCCUGUGUACUCUACCCCGCCCCCACAGUCUGGGAGCAGACAUCAGCAGCAUGGUGGAGGCCAGUCAGCUGUUCUGCAGCCGGCCAGACGCCCGUUACCCGGACACGGUGGCGGUGACCUACGACCCAGCGAGCCGCUGGCUGUCGUGCGUCUACAACGACCACAGCGUCUACGUGUGGGACGUCCGGGACCUGCGGGACCCCCGCCGGGCCGGGAAGCUCUACUCGGCGCUGUACCACGCGUCCUGCGUCUGGAGCCUCGAGGUGUACCCCGAGGGAGGGGGAGGAGGAACCAAGCGUCUCCCCCCCGGCUCCUUCCUCACCUGCUCCUCUGAUAACACCAUCCGACUCUGGAACACCGACGGGCAAAACCUCGUCACCAGGAACAUCCUGAGCCACGAUCUGCAGAAGGUCAUUUACGUGGACGACAACGUCAGCGGUCUGCUGGACCCGGAGAGCGCCACGGUGAGCGGCGGCGUGGAGGAGGGGCAGCCGGCAGACCAGAGCCGAGUCGGCAUCAGGACGCUGAGAGUCAGUCCUGAUGGACAACAUCUGGCCUCUGGAGACCGCAUGGGGGUCCUCAGGAUCCAUGAUCUGGACAGCAUGGAGGAGAUCUUGAACGUUCAGGCUCACGACUCUGAGAUUCUCUGCCUCGAGUUCUCCAAACCAGACACCGGUCUCCAGUUAUUAGCCACAGCCAGUCGGGACCGUCUGAUCCACGUCCUGGACGCCGGCCGAGAGUACAGUCUGGUCCAGACUCUGGACGAACACUCGUCCUCCAUCACCGCCGUCCGAUUCGCCGCCAAUGAGGGCAAAGUGAGAAUGAUCAGCUGUGGGGCCGAUAAGAGCGUUUACUUCCGCACCGCUCAGCAGAUGGAGGACGGGCUGGAGUUCACUCGGACGCAUCACGUGGUCAGGAAGACCACGCUGUACGACAUGGACGUGGAGCCGACCCGCAAGUACGCAGCGGUGGGCUGUCAGGACCGCAGCAUCAGGAUUUUUAACAUCAGUAACGGGAAGCAGAAGAAGAUGUAUAAAGGCUCUCAGGGCGAGGACGGGACUCUCAUUAAGGUGCAGAUCGACCCGUCCGGGCUCUACAUCGCCACUUCCUGUUCGGAUAAGAACAUCAGCAUCUUUGACUUCUACUCCGGAGAGUGUGUGGCCACCAUGUUCGGACACUCAGAGAUAGUAACAGGUCUGAAGUUCAGCAGUGACUGCAGACACCUGUUCACCGUGUCUGGAGACAGCUGUAUCUUCGUGUGGCGUCUCAGUCCCGAGUUGACCAUCAGGAUGAGGCAGCGACUCGCUGACCUCCGACCUCCCAGCAGCACUCAGACUUCCCAGAAUGCACCUCAGCAAAAAGUGUUGACCCUCAGCAGGGAGGCUGUGUCUCCUCGUGUUGUCACAAUGUCGUCAGACAGCGACAAGGAGGAGGAAGAGGAGGAAGAGGAGGAGCAGCACAGCAGUCCUUAUAUGGUCGCAGCAGGAAGUCUGGAGGAGGAGACAGAAAUGUCUGAUGAGAAGUUGGACUCUCAGCGCUGCAGAGAAGGCAAGGAGGAGGCGUCAGGAGGGCGACUCCCUCGCCGGCGCUGGUCCAGGAGGAUGGGCGGGGACAGCGUUCUGAUGGUGAAGUCCAUGUUGGACCUCAGGCUGCUCGAGUCCUACUGCCCUGACAGACAGGAGGAGCAGCAGGCGGAGCAAGAAGGGGUGAAGACACGCCCCCUUGAUGUCAGCCAGAGGCAGAGGGACCCAGGGGUGGAGGCGGGGCUUCACAAGACCAAUCAGGAGCUGGGGAGCACCAUCAGUCUGCAGGUCACCACCGCAUGGGCAGAGGACAACGAGGCAAGGACCAAUCAGAGGCCAGAAUUCAUCCAUCUUUCCAACCGGAGCCCAGACAGGGAGCCUCUGGUGCUGUAUCCCGACCAAUGGGAGGACAGAUUGAGCCUGGCAGGGAGUGAGUUCCAGGUGAAGGAGGCUGAACGAGGACGUCAGGACAAACCGAGUCCAGACAGCGGCUGCUCUCUGGGAUUCAGCUCCAGCCUGUCGAGUCCAGUCAGACCUGCAGGAGACGACUCGGAGCCCCUGGAGCCUCUCAGCGGGGAUGGAAACUCCUCUGAGUUGGAGAUGGAGGAGGAUGAAGACGAAGGAGGAGGAAGAGGAGGAGGAGGAGAGAUCAGAGUCUCGCAGAUCGUCCCUCAGACUCCAGACCAGGAAGCUUUCCUGAAAGAACACUUUGUCAAACUGGCCGACCUCUCAGACUCAGGGAGUCCGAGCAAAGCGUCUCACAGCUCCAGUGAGAGUCUCAGCAUCUCGUCCAGGUUCCUCUCCCAGAAUGCAGCUGGAAGCCGGACUGUGAUUCCUCUCCCGUCUCGGACCACCGGGGGAGGAGGAGAGGGGGUGAAGGCCCGUCCUCUGGUCUCCGAGGUCCGCCCUCUGAUGGAGCAGAACCAAGACAGCAGGGUGUCGUGGAAGCCAGACCAAACACAGAAACAGAGCCCGGACCAAACACAGAAACAGAACUCGGACCAAACACAGAAACAGACCCCUGACCAAACACAACAACAGAGCCCGGACCAAGCACACAAACAGACCCCUGACCAAACACAGAAACAGAACUUGGACCAAACACACAAACAGACCUCUGACCAAGCACACAAACAGACCCCUGACCAAACACACAAACAGACCCCUGACCAAGCACACAAACAGACCCCUGACCAAACACACAAACAGACCCCUGACCAAACACAACAACAGAGCCCGGACCAAACCGAGCAGGGUUGGGAUCGGUUGCGGGGCCGGAUAGAGGGGGAGGGUGCAGCCCAGCAGGCCCACCGGCCCUCCCCCCUAAAGAAAAAGGUCCAAACCUCGCUGGAGUCUAGGAGGAACCUGGGCCCGGUGGCCCGAGCCGCUGCCUCCCAUCUGAACUCCUCCUCUGGGCUUCGGAAGGCUCAGUCGGUUCAGAACCUGCUGACGGACACAGGUGACUCCUCCCUCUCCCCAGUGGCCCCCCCUCAGCUGCAGCGUCCCACCACCCUCCCCUCCUCCCCGAGACGCCCCCCCUCCACAGCACCCCCCCCUCAGAGACCCGGCCCCGCCUCCCCCCGCUCCCCGCUGCAGGAAACUGUCACCGCUGCUCUUUCCUCUCACAGGAAGUCCGCCUCCCCCUCCCCCUCCGCCCCCCCAGCGGCGUCCCGCUCCUACAUGAGCCCGACCGCCAGCUCCAAGGCCAAGAUGUCUCGCUCCGUCUCCGUGGGCGACGGCCUCAACGACCCCGACGCCCCCGACGCCAACGCCAACCCUGGCGAGGAUCUCGCCACCUCCUCUCAGGUCAAAGACGCUCCACCUCCUUCUUCUCUUCCUCUGGUUGCCGUGGUGCCCUCCAACGCCGCUCUGGCCACGCCCCCGCACGCUGCCGUCAUCCCUGUCGUUAUCGGUAACCACGGUAACCCGCCCCCCCGCGGCCUCCAGGCGCGGGUCUCCGGCAGCAGCAGGCCGCUCCCCGACAAGCCCUCCCUCGCCUCGCUGUCCUCGCCGUCCUCGCGGCCUCCGCCGGUCUCCGUCUCGCCGCUGACCCUGCCCCCUCAGCUUGCAGAGCUGCAGACGCCCAGCGGCAGCAAUGACGCAGGUUUGGACUCUCAUCCUCCUCCUCCUCUUCAUCCCUUCAUCCUGUCGUCUCUGCGGCGGGGAGCUGGGCUCCGGCUCCCCCCCCGAUCCUCCUCCUCUCGCUCCGUACUCACGGACCAGCCAAUCAGUGUGGAGACCUGCAGAGCUCUGACCAAUGAGCUGCAGAGCUGCUUCAAGAGAGCAACCCACUUGUACAGGAAGGUGAGCGGCUCCUCCCACGAUGACUCCGCCCCCGACCAGCGUCAGAUGGCCGUCGUCCUAUCAGAGGCCUUCCAGGCCAUGAGGGCGGAGCUUGAGUGUCUGCCAAUCGGCGCGCCGAGCAUGCUGGGAGUGGAGGGGGGGCUGGGAGGGACAGGGGAGGGGAAGAUGGCCGCCCUGCUGGAGGAGUACUCUCUGCUGCUGCUGCAGGCCGUUCACCGGAGGAUCGACCACGCUCAGCCCUGACGUUCCGCACGCUAUCCACCGGAGGAUCGGCCACGCUCAGCCCUGAGGCUCUCUCUCUCGACGGCGUGCCCUCAGACCCCUCUGCGUCUACGCCGUAGCCUGACGUCACCUCUGGAAACAUUUAACUCCACUUUGCAGCGUGACAUUUCCCCC